GCAUCCAGCACUGAAGGGAUUGUAGUGGAUGAGCCGGACGAUGACACCAAGGACAAGCUGCUGGGCCAGAUUCUCUUUGGCGCCUCAGAUGAGGAUACAGGCUACAUUGAUCAACGGCAGCCGGAGAAAGUGGCAGCCCGAGCGUUGAUUCGUCCUGAGACCUCCCAGACGGACGCGCCGCUCUUGCCAGUCGGGGAUGGCGCCGUCUACGAAGUUCUGUAUGACCGGGUCGCCAUCCGGUCUGCGGCCAGCACGACAGCAACAACCCUGGAGAUCAAGCAGAAGGGCGAAUCGCUGGAACUCUUUGAGUGGGACGCCUCGCGCAAAUGGCGGCGAUGUGCAGCAGAUGUGCUUGCCACCACAGCAGGAUGGGUGUUGCUGGACCACCCGGAAUUUGGGCCCCUGGUGCGGCCCAAG